AUGGACGGGCCGGAACUCGGAAGGUAUCGUUGAUGUUGGUAUUAAGUCCCACGGAGGUGCUGACGGAGAGAUGCAUGCUGGAGGAACAGAAGGAGAGAAGCACAUAAAGGAUGCAGAGUUUUGGAAUCCGUUGGGGGCCCGGUUGGAGUUCAUCGAUUUCGCGUAACGGUGAUCAUUAGUGAAUGCGGAAGAAAAUUGCAACAGCGGAAUUUUUCCUUGUCAGGGCAAGUCGUUGGCAACGCGGAUUAGUGCAGUUUGUGAAAAAUGAGGGCGAUGUCCUUCAAGUCUGACCAGAAAAUAGGAAAUUCAGGGGAAGAAGCUCAAGUCGCAGAAGGCAAAAUGCACCUAUCAAAAAGCGUCAACAAUUGUUCGUCUUCUGCGGUUGAUGUAGAAAAAGGAGAAGUCUAUCAUACAGGUGCACCAGUCUUGGGGGAAAAUGUGAUUGCACCUAAAGUUGCGGAGGAUCCCGAGCAAUCGUCCCAUUCAAAACCUUUGAUUGUUUCAGAGAAGAUCGUCGUAACUCUUCUUGUAGUGUGCUUCGUUGUGGUGGAAGCCUAUUUCGUGGGUGUCAGUUUUCGCGACUGGUUAAAUCAACAGAAACAUGGAAAUUCUACGACUGUCCUGCUGGCGAACUACGAAUUUGAACUUGUUGUCCCCCAAUCCUUGCAAGGGUACAACUUUCCAGCUGAUGGUAGCGAGCAGAACGAAGAUAUGGAGGACUCGGAGCCCUACGAAGACUUCGAAGGAGGUCUAAAUUUCAGAGCCACAAAGUCACCUUUCGACGGGCUGAGAAGACAGCUGACUCUGAAGAGGGACAAAGUUUUAGCGGAAAAUCUCAUCCUUCGUGAAGAAACCUUGAACCUGGAAGAUACUGAAAGCGGAAACUCUCCAAACUGUUGGUCAUAGAGUCAUCAAGAAAUCUUGUACCUUAUUCCAAAGUUUCGUUUCGACAGAUGUUAUGAAUUCACGCAGAUAUCAUACACGUCGAGUGCCGACAGACUGACUACGCCGCAAUGGAUUGUAACCAUUAUCAGAUGGUCCCCCUUUGUAGAUUCAUCACUGUUACUCUUCCUUGACUUUAUUUCAACCAUGUCAGCGCCUGCGGCAUAUUCAGCCCUGCAGGCAAUGAUCUCUUGAAGUGGCCUGCCGGCCAGUUAUACGUCAUCAGUUCCUCAAAGUUCUGUGUAUGACACCAUCACAGAUAUUUAUUCUGUUUUUCUUUUCUUUUCGACAUCGACGAUCUGGUCGAGUGACCUGACGACUUUGAAUCAACGUUGCUCAGCGUUAAUAUCGGAUCCACUCUGUUAAAUUCCGAUAGUGGGUGAAAAUCCGAUAUCACUUCACUUUGAAGAAACAAACUGAGAUUCGUAGUAUGUUCUGACCUGUACUCAUCUAUCUCAUGCUUAACUUUGUCAAACAUGCGAGUGUUAUAAAAUUCAUGGAAGCCGAAAUUUAUC